CUCUAAUACUAAGAAUUUUAAAUAAGCACGUGAUUUGUUGGUUCGCCUGGAGGUGAUGUAUAUAAAUUUGAUAUUUAAAGCAUAUCUUAUCAGUGUAGAUAGUUAUAGCAGCCUUAAAUGUUCAAAUUGAAAAAUGUAUUUGAUAUAUAAAUACGUUUUAUACUGAACUUUGAAAUGCUCGAAGGCACGUAACUCUACAUAAAAACUAAAUAACAUUUUGUGCGUGAUCUGUAAUUUUUCAAUAGUCUGGAUAUUCCCGUCGAGAAAUGAAAAAGUAGUGUCUAUCUAUUCAGCAAUUAGUUUAUUUAAGUAUCACUUUCAUCGCCACAGGACAGUGAGAAAAUGGACGGAAAAUCUAAUAAACACUAUUCAGUUGAGAAAAAUGAGAAGUGUCUAUGUUAAAUCGUAACCUGGUGUAAAUUUCCAAAAUGGGAACGCAAAUAUUUAAUGAUGAAACUGACAAAGAUGCUGAAAGCAUCAUUAAGUAUACCAGACAACCAAAGAAGCCACCAGAGUAUGUGCCUAGGAGUAGAUCAUUGGAUGACUUGCCUGGUGGAUUACGUGUACCAAUACUCAAGAAACCAGAUUCACGUUUUCAACAAAAAUAUGAAGCAAACGUUGCAGGGUUGGAGGAACUUAAAAUGUUACGACAGAAACAUGGGAAAAUGGUGGAAGACAUUACAGCUACAUUAGUCCCUCAGGAAAAGAAUCCGAUAAGAAGUAGUCCAGUCAGAUUAUCGUCUUCAAGUUUAGCUAUUAUCAAAGAAGAGUCACAGGCUAACAGUGAAUUUCAUGUCGAAAACAAGAAUGAUGAAAGUCAGCAUUCCAAAGUCCGGUUUAGUAUUUGUAGUGAUGAUUCACUUAAGGACACUAGCAUGUGUAGUAGCGAGAGUAACGUAAGUGGAAGUAUGGAGUCGCUUAAUCGUUCAUCAAGAGAAAUAGAUGACCAAAUAGAAACUCGCACACAUGAACAAAUCUUAGCAAAUUUUCGAAGAAAUUUCCCGACAGCUCAGUCUCCACAAAUUCAGCCUAGACGAAGGGCCAGUAUUCAAGUGGACACUUUAACUAAUAGUAUGCCACCUCCAGUUGACCGAUCGAUCCGUCCAAAACUUCGUAGGGCAAGCUUCCAAUGCGAAGCUGUUAUCACAAAACAGUUUGAAAGAGGAGAUUCAGUUUCCAAAUUAAUAUCCGAUUUUAAACUUCAAUAUAACUUUCCUUCUCCUGUACAUGCUGUUACAAGACAGUAUGGCAGUUCUUCUGAUAUAAAAAUGAAAGAUAAAAUGGAGACCUCACCCAGUGUUGAGAAAGAUUUGAAAACUAUUCUUACAGAAUGGGCAGGUGAUCAGACGACAAAUAAAAAGCUAACUAAACAAGACGUUUCUAACACUAGUACCAAAGUAAAAACUGAAGGAAAUACAAAAUAUAGAACUGAAACAAAUUCUAUCGGACAUGCGCGUAAUCUCAGUUUUACGUCAGAUUAUUUUGGGUCUACAGAAACAUUAAAUACAACAAAGAGCUUUCCCCUUGCAGCCAAAGGAAAUGAAGGAAUGAAUAUAAGACGCCAAAGUUUACCUGUGAUAUUGACUAGAAACGAGAGUUUGUCUGAAACGGUGCCAAAGUUACCAGAAAGAAGGAGGUCUCUCAUGGACAAUAAGCCAAAUACAAAAAAUAAAAGAGAGUCUAAAAAAGAGAAUAAAAUACAAACACUAAGCACUGAAUCUGAUGAUGGCAUUUUUCAUGACGAGGAUGAACUUACUAAACAAGAAUUGACAAAUAAAGUUCACAAAGCUGACAAGGAAAUGGAUGAUGUUUUUCGUCCUAAAAAACGAAAAGAGCCGAGUAGGCCAGACAUUAAAGUAACUUUGGCGUUGGAAACAGCCUUAUAACUGUGAUAGUAAACAAUAGUCGCUUAUUAUAAUAAAACUUCAAUGCUCUGUUACAUUUGUUAAAUAUGAUAAUAAAAUGUCUGGGUAAGGAAAUUCAUGCCCUAUUUAUUUAAAUAACUAUGUCUUCAUCAUGUUUAUCAGAGUCAGGCGAUGUCCGUCAUUAUAACAUCUUGUGUAACGGUUUUUGAUCUGGAUCCCGAUUGGACAUGAUCCUAGUUUAUCUCGAAGAUGUCAACGUUUUAUAAUACUGAUAAAUAUCUAAUGGCAUAACAGGUGAUAUUCCUGGGGCAACAUACAUACUGAUCAGUAAAAGUAAUAGGAUUUAUUAACAAUGACAAUUUAAGUUGUGGUGUCAACAUAUUACCAUUAAUAAACUACCUAAGUGUUAAGAAUCACUUGACCUAUGUCAAUACUAUAGACCAAGAAGAUAUUUAAUGUUAUUUGUGGUUAUAAUGACCAAAACUCCACAGGUGUCAACUGCGAAAUAUUCAUUAACUCAUUUAAUAGCUAAUAAUCUUUCAUUUCUUUACUUUUAAAGUGCAUUAUAAAAAUGUUAACUAUUUGACAUCUUACCUAUACAUGAUUAUGUGAAAUGUGUGUUUUUUAUAAGACAUAAAAGUACACUUGGCAGGGUCAAUAUAUAUGCAGGUAGUUUUUCUAAAAAAAGGUAAAAUGUCAGGAUUCCACUUUGAAACUUCUGCGUAUAUCAGGAUUUGACUAUUCAAAGGCGGGUCCAGCAUUUUCCAAAGGGAGGAGCAUAAUUCUCAUAAAAAAUAUAUACACAAAAGUGUGUAUAUGUUAUCUUAUAUUGAAAAUUUUAUCAACGAUACUAAACUAAAAAUUUAUAUCGUGAAAAUAUGAAAUUUUUAAGUUUUAGGGCGAUCAAAGUGCUCAGUGUGCUCAGUAGGGGCGUACGCCCACAAGACCCGUCAUUGCUAUUCAACUUAUCAAUCUGAAUGUCUAACAUACAUAGAUUGAGUUGAAAUGUCGAUUCAAUAUAUUGACACACGGACCCCAUGACACAUUGUAAAUAACAACAAAUUGAACUAUAUUCGACUAUUUUUGUUUUUGAACCAUAUUUUUCUUGAAUUAAGCUGAAACAGUUUCAACAAAGUCUAUGUUCGAUUUACCUUAGGCUUUUCUGAACUGCACAUAUGACAGCAUCUUUGA